AAUAUUCUCCUGGCAUAAAGAAUAAUUUUUUAAUUUUACGUUUUAGAUGUCAUAUUUUAUUGCAAGAAUGGUCAUUUAAAAAAAAGAAAAAAAGAUGUUCCAUUCUAAACUGACAAAAAACCUAUCACUGCAGGGAAGUUGAUGAAAUUCCCAAAUUGGAUCUUCUCCAUCAACGUGUUUUUUCGGUGCAUCACCAAUGCUCGACAAAUCUCGGACGAAGCCUUGCUCCGAUCUGUGGACGAAUGCCGAAACCUUUUCGCACUCCAGAACCUCCAUGCCGAAGUCGUUGGCCGCCGCCACCUCACUUCCAAUCCCUCCGUCGCGGUCAAGUUAAUGCGAGCUUACGCGACUUGCGGCGACACUACCAGCGCUCGACACGUGUUCGACGAAAGUCCCGAGAGAAACGUGGUAUUCUUCAACGUUAUGAUACGUAGCUACGUUGGCCAUGGGCUUUAUGGGGACGCUCUGCUGCUUUUCUCUGAGAUGGAGCGAUUCCAUGGCGUGAAACCCGACAACUAUACCUAUCCAUGCGUGCUGAAGGCGUGCUCCUGCUCCGAAAAGCUCUGUGGUGGCGUCCAGAUUCAUGGAGCUGCUACAAAGCUUGGUCUCGACUCAAAUUUGUUUGUUGGGAACGCUCUCAUUUCGUUGUACGCGAUGUGCGGAUGCUGUGCUGAUGCACAACAGGUGUUUGAUGGAAUGCCUAAGCGGGAUGUGGUGUCUUGGAAUGCAAUCAUUUCUGGACACGCGCAGAGAGGUCUGAAUGAGCGUGCACUGCAGAUCUGCAGGGAGAUGGUUCUACUUAAGAGGUCGAGUGUUGAUGCCGGUACCAUGGCAAGCAUUUCACUUGCCAUGUCGAACUCAAAACCUGACGACAUUGAGUUUGUAAAGAGCAUGUUCGAGGAAAUUAAAGGAAGAAAUUUGAUAUCUUGGAAUGCCAUGAUUGCAAUUUAUGUUAAGAAUUCUAUGGCUGCUGAAGCCAUGGAGCUUUUUGGGGAAAUGAAGAAAGUAGGAACUGAACCAGAUGAGGCCACAAUUGCAAGUGUUCUUACGGCUUGCCGUGAUCUGAUGGACCUGACACUAGGCAAGCAACUUCAUGAAUUCAUCAAUAAAAAGAAUAUGUGCCCAAAUUUGACUUUGGAGAAUGCUCUAAUGGACAUGUAUGCUACUUGUGGGUGCCUGCAAGAGGCACAAGAAGUUUUUAGUACUAUGAGAAGAAAAGACGUUGCGUCCUGGACAACGAUCAUCUCAGCCUAUGGUAUGCACGGGCAUGGCCGAGAAGCAAUUGUUCUAUUUGAACAAAUGCAGGAGUUGGGCUAUGUGCCUGAUCACAUAGCUUAUGUUUCAGUUCUUUCAGCCUGCAGCUACUCAGGGCUUCUCGAUGCAGGAAAAUACUACUUUAACUGCAUGACCAGCCUUUAUAACUUGGUACCAAGAAUGGAGCAUUAUGCCUGCAUGGUUGACCUUCUCGGGCGUGCAGGUCAAGUGGAUGAAGCUUACGAUCUUGUUAGAAAGAUGCCAAUGGAUCCUAAUGAGAGGGUAUGGGGAGCUCUUUUGGCUGCUUGCCGAGUUCACUCUAACAUGUCUAUUGGUUUGGUUGCUGCUGACCAUUUGUUCAGAUUGGUUCCAAAGCAAGCUGGUUACUAUGUGUUACUAUCUAACAUUUAUGCUAGAGCUGGAAGAUGGAAGGAUGUUGCUUUGGUGAGAGGUGUUAUGGUAUGCAAGGGGAUAAAAAAGUUACCAGGACGAAGCAAUGUGGAACUUGGGAAUAAGAUUCACACCUUUUAUAUAGGAGAUACGUCCCACAGCCAGUCAAAAGAGAUAUAUGCAGAGCUAGAUGUAUUGAUGAGAAGGUUGAAGGAGGCUGGGUACAGUGCUGAGACUGAAACUGCUCUCCAUGAUGUGGAAGAAGAGGACAAGGAGGGCCACCUUUUGGUGCACAGUGAGAAGCUUGCUAUUGUUUUUGCUCUUAUCAAUUGUUCUCCUGGUACACCAAUCAGGAUCACAAUGAACCUUCGGAUGUGCGGGGAUUGCCAUCUUGCGGCAAAGCUCGUUUCAAGAAUUACAGCACGAGAGAUCAUCCUUAAAGAUACAAAUAGGUUUCAUCAUUUUCAAUGUGGUUCUUGCUCGUGUGGAGAUUACUGGUAAUAUUUCUGGUAUUGAAAUCUUUUGGUUGAAGUUGUCAUAUGGAUCUGCGGUACCAUCACUUCUGGAUUGAAGAGUAUGUAAUUGAAUCUAUGGGCAUCUAUUGAGCACCAGCUGUUGAAGUCCUAGAUUAUCAUCUUUAUUCCUAUUCGCGCGAUGAAGUGCUUUGAGAAAGCAUAGAAGCACUUAAAAGGAUGACAAGUUUUUUUUUGAAGUACAUCUAGAAUUUAUUGGCUUCUUCAUUUGGAGUAAAAAAUUGAGAAAUUUGGAACAUUUAAGUCCAAGAAUGCAAGCUAAAUGUCAUUCAGUAUGUAUGAACGGAAGCUCCUCAUCAUUUCUUUCAGUUUAAGAAGAUUUAAAGGUGAAGUUUUUUAGAUGCUAGCGUGGUUUUAAUGCCAAUACUUUUAUUGGUAACGCAUGGAAACACUAUAAUUGCAAUAUAUGAGAUGGAGAUAUUGUCAACCUUCAAGAGAUUCAAGGAAUUCUCUAAUUGAACUUGAGAGAUAACUUGAUUUUACUCUGCCGUGGGGAGAAAUUAUUACAUGCGGAGUCUGGACGUAGAGUUACAUCCGGAUUUCAAUAAAAACGUGACACAUCUCUUUGUAUACAGUUUGUAUAAAUUUGUACACUGUAUACAAUUGUGUACAUAGUGUGUAUAUUAUGUAUAUGUUUGUACGUGUUAUGUAUAUAAUUUUGUAAUUUGUACAUAAUGUUUACAGUUGUACACAGCGUGUACAAGUACACGUGUCAUAUUUUUAUUAGUGUCCGGACGUAUCCGGAUUUCGCGCAUAAUAAUUUCUCUGCACUGGGUGAAUUAUUCUACCGAUUGCACAAUUUACAAUUAAGGAUCUUAGUGCGUGGAACAAAGUUUGACUUAGCUUGAUUUAUCAAAUUCAACGUCUCAGCGGAUUGCUUGUUGAAUAGUGCAGCUAGAUUAUAAUAAAUGAUUGUUAUUAAGCCUUGUAUUGGGAGACUAUGAGCACGUUUAAGAACUCCAUUGAAGCAUUCUGAGGUGUUUGUUUUCAUAACACUGUAUUUAUGUCCUUCAUCAAAAAGUAAAGUCCACUUUACCGCAUCACACUGAACUAGCCAAUCAAAAGCCUCUUGCUUUGUCAUCUUUAUAUCAUUCAUCAUGCAAUUAAAGUAAUUUGUAUCAUCUAUGUUUCCAGCAUUGUACAUCUUUGCGGCUAGUCCCUUGCUAUCUUGAACUCCUAGACGUCGUGCAUCCUUCUUGAAGUUCUUGUGCAGGUGACGAAAACAGUGUCUGUGUGCGGCACUUGGAAAUACUUCACGACAUCCCUUAACAAGCCUGAGAUACUUAUCCAAUAUUUAUGCAUAGGAAUGACCGUUCUCUAACAAUUAGGUGAAGAACGUGAAGCAUUCAUAAGAACCAAGUCCACGAUUCUUUAGUCGCCACUUUAACAAUUGCAAAUGCUAGUGGGAAUAGACCACCAUUACCAUCCAACCCAAUAGCAGGCAGAAGGGUACCACGAUACUUCCCCAACAAGAAAGUUCCAUCCAAGCUAAGAACAAGCCAACAAUAUUGCCAUCCAACGGUAGAUGCACCAAAGGCCCAAAAAAUGCUCUUAAACUGGGAGUUACCAACCAAUUAAAUGUUGUAUACACUACUUGGGAUAUCAAUGUGGGUUGCCUCGAUGAAGCGAUAAAGGGAGCGAUAAGAUUUUUCAUAUGUACAGAAUAUGGCUUGCAUCGCCUUUCGACGUGCAUCCCAUGCCUUGACAUGCGAAAGUUUUAUGUCAAAUUUUGACUCUAUUUGGGCAAUUAUCUCCCUUGGCUAUAUGUCCAACUGCUAACGCACAAUUUGAGUAAUGUAUGUGCAUGCAAAUUUGAAUUUACAAUUGCGAUGACCGUCCAUCAUUAUAGCAUGUGUACAUGUGUGUUGUGGGCCAUAAUUAGAUAUUCUUCGUCCCCCUACUCUCUUACUUCGUGCUGCAUGUAGGCGCCACACACAAGACCUCUUUGGGUUGUCAUGAUGAGCACAUAUGAUUUUGUGGGUUGUCUUAUUAGAGCUACAUUUGAUAUACUGAACAUUAUUGACAAUAGAGCAUACAUUUACUGCACAUUGUAAGGCUUCCUUCGUAUGGAGAAUCAACCCUUCAUGAAGUUAGUGGAAUGCGUAGAUUCAGUUAAUGUUAAUGCGUUCUCCACUACUGGAGCAUCAUACUUUUGCAUUUUGGUCCCAUUCUUGUGUUGUAUUAACAUUCUCUAUGAAUUCAUUACUUGCAAACAUUUCUUACAAGCCUUCGUGAUUUUCCUUAGCAUGUUCUCAAAUGCACUCAUGCCUGGGUAUCUCCAUAUCAUUAUCUUCAAUUGAAGGGUUAGGAAUGUCUAAUUCAAGUCCAUUGCUAGAUGAAUCACUACUGCCACUAUCCAUUAUUUGGUAUUCAUUCAAAUCGUCUUCAUUUCCUUGCCUAGGUUCAAGAUGGUGCGGUUGUUCUCGUGAAGCCACUUGCACGUAUGGCCUAAAAGAAUGAGAAUCUUCAUUGUACUCAUAUAGCGAUAUGCGAUCAACUCAUCGUUCACUAACAUCGGCACAUAGCUAAGCAUCUUGUUUCAAAAAGUUGGGCGCUUGCAUAAGCUUAGGUGUACACAAAAGUCAGCAGUCAUUGCAGUUAAAAAUUAUGCUCUGAUAACAAGUUGAGGAAUGGAUAUUGGAGUCGGCUUAUGAAAUAAUGACAUAGUUUGACAACAUGUUGUUAUUUGUCAAAGACCACUAACAAAGAAAUGAAACUUCGACGUUAUGUGAUAAUUUACUGUUAUACUUGAGUUGAUGGGCCAACAACAUAAGGUUGUUGUACUUGUUAUGGUAGGCUCUCUCAGGAGAACUUCUUCAGCCUCGCUGUUCGCUCUAGAAAAAUUAUCUUUUAAAUUAAAUAAGAGGAUGCGAACCUCGCUCUCAUGAACUUAGGGUUCUCUUUAAUUUUCCUGGAGGUAGAUUGAGUUUAAUAUUUAACCAGAUUUUCCCUGAGAGUAGUGUCAGGGUUUAUUUAGAUCUGGGUUCUACUUCCUAUGAGCGCAAGCCCUCAUAGUUAAUUAACCCUCAUAACAAAUUAGAAGAGCACUCUCGAUUAAGGAUGAAAUACACUUAGCUUUAUACAAGAAGUGUGAGAAUGUGCAAUAGAUAUUUAAAUUUAGUUAUGUGGGGAUGAAGGUACACCCGAUCAAGAUCCCAUGGUUCUGUCAUCCCGGGCAUACCGUGGGUUCAAUCUACCAACACUAACAACCAUUGAUUGUAGUGUCCAGGGAAUCUGAUUAGCAGCCAUGGGUUGGCUCCUCUCAGGGAUCCCGAAUAGACUAAAGUGGAGAUGUGUGAAUUUUAAUUUAGUUUAAUUUGAGUUGGGGCUUAUGACUUCCUUAGAAGUUGUCCAUUAAUUUAUUUAGUUUGGGGCUUACGGCUCUAAUUAGGAGUUGCCCGUAUGAUUUGAUUUGGUAGGGAUUUAGGCUUCCUUAGAAGUUGCCCACUAAUUUAUUUAGUUUGGGGCUUACGGCUCCAAUUAAGAGUUGCCCAUGUGAUUUGAUUUGGGUAGGGACUUAUGGCUUCCUUAGAAGUUGUCUAUUAAUUUGUUUAAUUUUGGGGCUUACGGCUCCAAUUAGGAGUUGCCAGUUAAAUUUUAGUUUUAAGUUUAGGUUAGUUCACUUAGAAGUUUCCUAACAUGCGGGUCUUACUGCUGCGCUUAGAAGUAGCCCAUAUGGCGGGUCUUACAACUUAGUCCGAUAGACUAAAAUGCCCGUAGGGAUUUGAAUUUUGGAUUUAUGGUCGUUCGUUUAGAAGUUCCCUAACAAGCGGGUCUUACUGCUUCGCUUAGAAGUAGCCCAAAUGCCGGGUCUUACAACUUAGUUCUAUAAGCUAAGAUGUCCAAUGGAAUUUGAGUUUUGGUUUUAAGGUCGUUCAUUUAGAAGUUCCCUAAUGCGCGGGUCUUACUGCUUCACUUAGAAGUAGCCCAAAUGACGGGUCUUACAACUUAGUCCUAUACGCUAAGAUGCCCAAUUAAGGGGUCUAGAGUUAGGUUGUUUCCUAGCUAUUACCCCUAAAGACUGGACUUACGACUUUCCCUGAAAGUAGCCAAUAUAGUGUUUUAGGAAUUUAUUGCUUGACUUAAUAAAUAUAUAUAUUAAGUGAAAGAAUUUGCCGAUAGGAUUUACUACUCCUCUUAGAAGUAACCUAUAGGAUUCAAGUUAGCUAGGAUAUAGCUUUAGACACUUUACUCCCUCAAUGAUGAUAUUAGAGUCAUUUUUUUUUUUUU